CCAUUCCAACGCUCUCCUCCUGUAGAAGCUGCGGCUUGAAGGGCAACCAGUUCAGCAGGAGCAGGGCUAGAGCUUGAGUUUGGGCGGGACUAAUUUAAUUAACCAUGGCUGGACACGACGCUGGAACACAGCACCAGUUCACUGGUAUUGCCAAGUACUUCAAUUCGUACACCAUCACAGGAAGGAGGAAUUGCGUGCUGGCCACAUAUGCCAGCAUUGCUGCCAUUAUCCUCUUCUUCAAGCUGAAGCCCAAGAAGCAGAAGGCUGUGACAGCGAGCUGAUUUAUAGAUGUCUUAUAAUUCCACUGGUUGUCUUCUCUUGAGUUUCACCAUGUUAAGAAUAAAACUUGCACAAAACUCCA